GAGGGCCACGUUGACAUUCCCACCUUUGCUGCCAUAUUUAUCCAUGACGAGCUUGCGGUCAUUGUCAUUGUCCAGCAUUCGCCGGCCAUUGGCAUGCUAGACGUCGCCGGCCACCGACACGAUCAAGGCCAAAGCCAUGCGACUCCUCCUCUCCGCCGCCCUCCAUCUCGCAACGUGUCUGGCCCUGCCCAUCGGGUAUACAGCCAGCGUGGGCGACCGCGAAGAGCCACAACAGCAACAAAACUCCAUAGACGUGAUCAAAUACUCUCACGACUCGGCAUUCGUUGACUUCUCCAUCCCGUCUCCAUCCCGCAACAACCCCUCACGGCCCGACGAGUCUUGGCGCUUCCAACUCCACUUCCCUCCAGCCCGGGAUAACUCCACGCUAACCAUCUCCCUCAACGACCAACUCUUUCCACUGGGAGAAGGCCCUCUGUCUACCACUCUCGCCAGUAGUGUCAACACCUCCAGCAACUCAGGUCUGGUCCGUUUGAUAGACUACACACUCUCCACCAAUUUCACCUCGUCUGUCGGUCCUGGUGACACCUCGCCUUUUUACGUAGCAGUGCAAGGCUCGUCGGCCCUUCCACUAGCCUUCACCGUCAUCAUGCAAUCCGACCUGGAAACGCCUCGCCUCCUUGCCCUUUACUCGGACUCGGCAUCCGACAUGAUUCGCUUCGAUGACCACUCCGACUCAUACAGCGUCUCUGAUAAUGCCCGCGCUGAAGAUUCGUCUUCCACCUUUGACCUAGCCAAUGAACUGGAAUCACUACGUCUGCUGGAAGACGAAGCAAGCGACAUCCAACGGCAAAUCACCGCCAAGAAGCAAACCAUCUCGACCCGAAUGCGAGACAACCGAAACAACAUGUGUCUGAAGCAUCUCGUCGCCGAAUGCGAAGGGGUGCUAUGCGCAGCUCGUGUCGUCGCGCAACGCAUAUGCGACAAAAUGAACAUCAACGUCGACCCGGCCUUUGGCUUCACCGCCAUGAGUUUCCCCUCGGACCGACCGCUCUUGCGUGCAUCGAUGACAAACAGACAUACAUCCCAACGCCCCAGCUACCGGCAGCACCAACAAAGCAUCGGCCUCAACCCACUCAACGCAACAUCGGGUUUCCAGCGACUCGAAACAAUCCCAGAAGUCGACCCUACCCAUUUCGAAGACUCGCCCAAUCCCGUCAUUCAUGUUCUACAAGCCCUCGCUGGCUUGCUUGGCCUCACAGCCCUCUGGGUCCUCAUCAAGUCGAAAUGCACAUCCGCACGAACCAAAGUAGAGCGAGCCGCAGAUCGCGAAGAACGACGGAACCGCCGCACCUACCGCCGAGCAGCCCGACGCGCCAUCAUGCGGCAGCGCUGGGACGACCUGGUGCGCGCCGUGAGCUGCUUCCGCGCCCCCAAAAACGAGCCUCGAUUCGAAGACUACGAGGAGAAGCGCGCGCUCAUCCUGCAAGACGCCUUCCUCGAGCAGGAGGCAGACCAUGCGGAGAAAGCAGACAUCAUGGAAGCGGAGAUUCGUGAGCUACGACACGCGCACGACAUCGUCGCCAGCCUGGUCAUCGGCGACGAUCUCCCCGCACCGCAUCACGACCCUGCGCCUCCUCUCGUACCAUUGCCCUAUGCGCUGUCGCGAGUAAGCACGCAGUACACCCUUCCAUCAUACACCUCCGAAACCCUCCCAGACUACGCAUCCCGAAUAUCACGCGAGCGGAGAUUGAGUGGCUUCACAAUUGGAUCCUUCACCCCUUCCACGUCAUCGGCAGAAGAGGAAAGCAAAGGUCUAAGCCGAGCGGCAUCCUGUUCAGCCGUCGGCAGACCCUCACGAUCAGAGAACAGCGGGAGCAGCGUGAUUGAUAUCUCGACUCGGCCGAGCGGCGAGACGAUACGGACUGAGCGGCCUUGGGUUUAUUUGUGAUGUUAACAUACGGCGUUCGGAAUGCAUAAUGCGGCGAGGGAUUUACAUGACACCACCUAAUUGAUGGGAUCACACCAACGACACGAAUUGUAACGCUAGGUAAUUACGCAAGAAGGAAGAGAUCGGUGUAGCUAGCGCAUUGUAUACCAAAUGAAAAGCGCAGCAACACGCAACAUCUACAUCCAUCCAAACACAUCCACCCUAAGCAGCAGCAGGCGCAGCCCUCGCCCCCCUUCCAGUCCCCGUAGCAGCCCUCUCACUCCGCCCCCUCCUCUCCUUCUUAAAACACCCAAACUCCCCCUUCGUCCCCUCGCGCAGCUUCUUCAAA